UUGGCACGACACCGGCUCCCAUGUUAGCAGGUUUGAGUGUUUGCACGCUGCCUGCGUGAUACGCGCAACAAAAACAUGUGCAUGCUAGAAAUGGGACAGUUUGCCUACUUUUCACGCAACACGCAAGGCGUUUUAAAAACAGUUUAACAAUAUUCAUAUGACAUAUUUUCUCAAUGGACAACGUAUUAGCAAAUUCAUUGACAAAUAUUUAAUGUGUGGCAAUAUUUGUUUUUCAGCUGCUAAUAUAAGCAAAGAUAUGCUGCCAAGCCUCACAAAGGAGGACUUGCGUGACCUUUUUCCUGGUCCAGAACACUUCCUGAGAAGGAGAACCAUUUGGAGACUCAGUCAUGAUGAAAAUGAGGGUCAAGAAUCAGAGCUGCAUAGACCAGGAAGCAGUGAAUUCAGCCCCACCCACCCACCUCCUCUUCCCCAACAUCCAUUUCCUUCCUCUUUGUCUUCCUCCAACCCUCUCCCCUCUCCAUCCCCCAUUUCUUCUCCAUCCUCCCUCCCCUCUCCAAGCCCAAGACCCCAACAUGGCAGAACGGUACAACUUGUCAGCCCAACUUAUGUCAUAUACACAGACACAGAAUUAGAGCUUGCAAGGAGUGCCUUCUUUGACCAACAGUGUGCUGGAAAAGAGGGAGACUUUAGCCUGUCCAAAGAUCUUCGUUGCAGAUUAAUAAGAAAUACCAUCACGAGCAUGAUUGCAAUCAAAAGAGCAACAGAGGAUGAUUUUAAAUAUCCAUGCAACCGGGAGCUCACAUUUAUGGCAAAGCGCCUCGUGGACUACUACCCAAUGCUUCGGGACCAAUCUGCCAAGAGUGGGGCUGAGUGGGAAUAUCUGAAGAAACAGCUCCUAAAAAGAGUCCAAAAUGUUUCAACUCCUAAAAAGCAGCAGGGAGCAACUCCUUUGCGAAAGAAGGCACGGAGACUUAGCUUUCAGUCCAGACAGGAGACGUCCACUGAUGAGACUGAUGACUCCACCACCUCUACUGUGAUCUUGGAGAGAUCACCACCACGCUGUAGCACUCCACAGAUUGAACAAUCGUAUGCAUCAGACACUUCGGACAGCCUGCAGUAUCAGGCAAGACAUUAUAAAACUCUGCAGGACAUGUAUAAAACCAAGGCCAGGCCAAACAAGAAGGAUGUUGCCCAGCUCCUAGACCUUGAAUUCCAGUCAAGACGCGCCUUCAUUGACUCCGAUGCGACUAAGGAGCAGGACAGGCCUGUCAAGAUCCUUGAGGCGUAUCCCUGCUUUGGAGAAUUGGACCAUCUAAUGGAUGAACUCCGGCGGAUCCUCGAUCAAGGGAACCCCCACUUCCUACCUGAACUAAAUACCCGGCGGGCGACCUUUUUUGAGAGGGCAGAGUUUUAUGGCGUUUUCAAGAAGGUCAUGAGGCCUCCACUGUUGGACAAAGCACAGCAGUCAAUCGCCCUGAUGAAGGCAUUGCCAGACUUAUUUCCAUCACCUGUGGCUCCACCCAAGAAGUUGGGACAUGCAAGUGAGGCUUUGCUUCACAUCCUUAAGCCUACAGAAGACCCCAACACCUUUCUACGAGCAAGACCACUCUCCAGCCCGGUCGUUGUUGUCAGUGAAACUAACUGCAUACUAUCUAUUGGAACCACGCCUGUGUUGACUUUCCCAAAAGAGGAUAUCGAUGCUAGCGUAAUGUAUCUCAUGGCAUGCUAUUACAUCUUUCACCUUACAUAUCCCAAGUGCGUUGCCACACUCAUGUCUGUGCUGCAGACCGAGGUUCUCCUGGAUGCCAUCCACGACCAGGACAUGACUUCCUCAUAUAGGAAGGCUAUAGGCGAGUGGAAGAAAUUCUUAGCUUAAAGUGGAAAUGAGAGUGGAUAAUCUUGUUUUGGUUUGUUUUGAGGCUGUGGCUUUUUUUUUUUUUUGCCUUACGUGUUUUUUUACUUUUUAGUUUGCUGUUAAGUUCAGCUGCAUGACCUUCCCAAAAGAGGAUAUUGAUGUUCGCACAAUGUAAAAUGGCAUGCAUUAUCUUUCACCUUAGAUAUCCUAAGUGUGCACACUUCUGUCUGCGCAAGUUCUCUUAGAUACUAUCCACAGCCAGGACAUGACUUCCUCAUGUAGAUAGAUGCAUGUUUUUCACUUUUUAGUUUGCUCUUUAAAAAAUCUUCAUUGAAGAUCAUGCGCCGAGCUGGAGUGUUUAUUUGGAAAAAUCCGAUGAGUUUUUACAUAUCUCCAUUUCAAGUCAAAGAGUACUGUCAGUACGGAAAAAAACUUUGGUUUUACCUAGCUCAGCCAGCAGCUAACGCAGACAGGCAGCUACAGUGCUAAACUCUGGGGGCAUGUACAUGGAGGCUGCCAUGCCCCCAGAGUGAGGAGCUGUAGCUGCCUGUCUGUUAGCUGCUGGCUGAUGCAACUCUUGCUAGGUAAAACUGAUUGUUUUUGGGGGGCUUUCGUACCGACAGUACUCCUUGACCUCAAAACGGUGAACUAUAUGAAAAAUCGUCUGAUUUUUCCUGUAAUAGUAAGUUCAGGCUUUUACUGUUUCUACUGUAAAGGAAAAGUUGUACUUGAAAGGCAAUAA